AACUAAAUGAAGUCUGCCUAUCUCCGGGCCGGAGCCCCUCCCCUCGGCCGCGCGGGAGGAGUGUGACCCAGGUGCCGCUUCCUCCCGUCUGCUGAGGGUCACAGCCCGCCAGCGCGACCCUCGCCGCAGCUUGCUCCGUCCCCUCGGCCUCUGCCCGGCCGUCGGCGAUGAGCAGCUUCAACGCCACGUCGCCGCCCGCGCGCCUGGAGCCUGACCCAGAGAUGGCCUCCACUGCUACAGACAUCGCCAUCAUUGCAGGCGUGAUCACCGCCGUGGCCUUUGUCCUGGUCUGCCUCCUCUUCCUCAUGCUGCACUACAUGUACCGGCACAAGGGCACAUACCACACCAACGAGGCCAAGGGCACGGAGUUUGCAGAGAGUGCAGAUGCGGCCUUGCAGGAUGACCCUGCAUUCCAGGACGCUGGUGACAACAGCAGAAAGGAGUACUUUAUUUGAGGGGCACAGGCAUCACCUCUCAAGCGGGCAUCACCACUGCAGAAGAGACUGCACCUACCACCACCAUGGGCACCCCAGGCAGCACGCGAGAGCAUUCACCUCUUCCCAAGAUACACACCUCAAAACACUAAGUGCCUGCCCAGGGAGAACAGGAUAAGGCUCAGCCUGUGAGAGCCCUCACCAGGGACACAGUGGCCCCAAGAGACCAACCUUUGCUGUGCCAGGAAGAGAUUCUGGGCACACAGGUCUCCCUGGGCAGUGCAGGACAGCAUCUCAACCUAAACAGCAUGAGCCUCCUUGCUGGGUAGGAGUGGGGUGGGAGUGGGGUGGGUGUGCCCAGGGGUUCGGGGAGCAAGGAAGUGAUUCACCCCAUGCUGAUUGGCGAUAAUGACAUCAGAUGGCAGUCCUUGGCAUUUGGGUGAAACAGAAAGUGCCAGAUCUAAAAGGUACCAUUGUUGUCUAUUGAUCCAGCUCAAAACAAUUGGAAAUGAAUUUGCAAUGUAACAGCAUCCAGAAUCAAAUAGCAUUAUUGUAAUUAUUGGGAAAAAAUAAAGCCACCCAGGCUUGCUUUUCACCAGGUGA